GUUUGCAGAGACAGCGAAAGGAAGAAGAGGAGGAGGAGGAGGAGAUUUAUCAAAAUGGUCCGGUAACAUUGGAGAUGAGUCAAAGAGGCCCGAGUCUGUGGACGGUGCUCCCUCAGAGCAGCCAGGCGCCGCGCGACCGCUACAAACACGCAUGCUGCAGCUACGACGGACACGUGUACCUCCUGGGAGGCCGGGAGAAGCGCUCCCUGAGGGACUUCUGGAGGUACAGCGUCGUGUACGAUGAGUGGACGGAGCUGAGCUGUGCCGGUGAGGCUGCUCCAGAAGAGCUGGAGGAGCACUCCAUGGUGGCUCACCAGGGUUUCCUCUAUGUGUUUGGAGGCAUGCUGGAUUCUGCGUACACCAAGUUCAGAUGUGCCCUCUGGGCGUUUGACGUGGAAAAGCAGAAGUGGGUUCACUGCCACGGAAAGACCAGCUCCCCUCAGAGAUUAAUGCCGACCAACAGGAAAGGACACAGUGCUGUGGUGCUCGGCUCUGCCAUGGUCGUGUACGGAGGGUUCGUCGACAUUAAAGGAUCCUCCAAAGAAUUGUGGCGUUUAGAUUUGGACACCAUGUCGUGGUCCAUGCUGAGCAGCACUCUGAACGACUCGGCGGGCCCCGGCCCGCGACACAAACACUCCGCCGUGGCCCACCAGGGCUGCAUGUACCUGUUCGGGGGCCUGAAGGGCCUGCAGGAGCAGAAUGACCUGUGGAGGUGGACGAGCAGCAGCAACACCUGGACCUCCCUCAAGACCCGGUCCGGCCCCCCCCGGCUGAUGGGCCACUCCGCCGUCACCUACCAGGGCAGCAUGCUCCUCUUCGGCGGCGGCCAGAGCCAGAGCGCUCCCAAGAGCUGCCUGUGGAGGUACAGCUUCGCCACCCAGACCUGGAGCCAGGUGGCCGCGCUGGCAGGCUCCGCCCCCCCCGCCAAGAUCCACCACUGCUGCACCGGGCUGGGGCCGGGCUACAGCCAGAGACUGCCAGAGGCCCCGCAGGACUGGAAACACCGGCCCUUUAAGAACAAAUGCUUCCCGGCGCCGCUCACCUUCCUGGGCUCGGAAGGCGCCAUUGAGCUGCAGACAUUCAGCAGAACUUCCCACAGGUCCCCCGAGCCCCCCGAGCUGGAGGCUCUGAGGGGGAGGGAGGCGCUGUGGACCCACAACUGUCUGACCUUGGAGAACAAAGGCUUCAGGAAGCAGUGGAGCUGCAGCGAGGACGAGCACCAGAGCCAGGACCAGGACCAGGACCAGGACCAGGACCAGGACCAGGACGUGGCUCAGCACCUGCCCGACCUGCUGCUGCUGCUGGGGGGGAAACCCUGCUCCACACUGAAGCCCAUCUCCGUGUGGCAGGUCACCCUCUGUGACUCCUAACGGCCUGUUACACCCCCCACCCUGACCCAGCACGUUUACUGAACCCGCUCUCUGGUUUUCUCAUCUUCUGCAGUCGUUUGCACAAAACCUUCUUACAGGACAGGGAAUAAUGAGCACAUCCAAUAAAUCUGGUUUUAUAGAGACAGAAGCUGAGGCAACCUUCAGACUCUGUGUUCAAAUGUCUUUCUAUCGUCAGCGCAAUGCUCAGGAUCUCCACAGGAGGGCGCCAGAGUCACCUGAUCACACUCAAACCUGUCACGUUCUCAUUUACCUGAUUACAGUUACGAUUUGCCUGAUCCUGUUAAAGUUACUUUUAAAUGUCUGGAUUUAUGGGAGUGUCUUCAUAAUCUGUAUUAUUGCGGUGUUUCUGGUGUCAGGUCUGCUCUGCAGCCUGCAGCCCCUCCACAGCGGCUCCACGAAGCGUCACCCGAUUCAGUAUCAAAGACGUCUCUGGGAGGAUUUUCCCAGAGGAUUGAUAGUUUACACUUUGAAAUAAAUAAAUAAAGGUUUGAUGUAGCAUUUCCUUUUACUCAUGGAUGUAUUGUUGACAUGUGGCGAACAACUGAAAAGUCAUGGUGGAAAAACUGAAUGACUGCAACAGAUAACCUUUGCUACUAUGUGCUAAAGAAUGUGCUAAAAUAGUUAUUACAGCUGAAACAUUUGCUUCUUCCCUUCCUGAACAAGCACGGCAAAAACUAGAGAUAAAAGAAAUGAAUGGGUGAAUUCUAAUUUAAAGAUUUGUUAAAAGAUAAGGAAAACAUUGAAUCUUCCACUGUCUAGAUAUAGAGAAACAAAACGGGCUUCUAUCCAUCACUUCCUCCCUGCUGAACCUGACAGAAGUUGAGUUUGGCAGGACAGAGAAGGGUCCGACUGCAGUGGAUCAGCCUCGGGCUUCUCACACCUGCAGACUCACUAUGGCAUUGGUCAAGACUUGUUUAGAUCCUUUCAAAAUAAGACACAAUUUGAUGACUCAUAAAGAUUGGGGCCAUCUAACAUUGAGAUGCUGAAAAUUAAAAACCAUGUUCAAGAAAACUAAUAUACAUACACAGAUAACAACAUUCUAAUGGACACAACUGACUACACAAUUAAUUUUAAAGAUUAUUGGGAAUUGAAAACCAAUGUCGGGACUGCGGAUGAGGAAUGAGAGAGGUCCUGGCUGUUGUGGCAAAAACGUUUAAAUGGCCCAAACUUGGAGAGAAUGAGAUAUUUUAAACCAUUUUGUUGAUUUUUACAUUUGAUAAGAAAUCUUUCUACCUUUACUGCAGACUGGGAACAUUUUGGGAAAGAGUAAAAAAAUGGAAAAUUUAACCCUUUGUGAACCUUUUGGGCCAAUUUUUGGAUGUGUUAGGGAAAAAUAUGUUCUCAGAGAACUUAUAGCACACAGUGAUGCCAGUAAAUUAGCCGAAUCUUCAGCCAGCCACCCUGGACCAGUGGAAGACUGUACUUCACACUGAGCUGAGGCUGGAGGAUUGACGUGUCAACAGCAGCAUCUGUACACUUGCAUAUCAUUCUGUCUGCCAAUGAUGUGAAAUAUAUUGUC